CGGUCUGUCUGUACCUGCGUGUUUGUGUUCGUGUGUGGCCGCCUGCGACGGUUUUUGGGCGGAGAGACCGGGGAGAGCGUUGACAAUGGCGUCCGAUCGUCUCCGUCUGUUGUGUGUCCUCUUCUUCCUCUUUUCAAUCCUAUUCUCCUCCGCCUUUCUUCAAGUUGUAAGGUGUCAAGCAGAUGCCGAGACUGAUGGAGCUGAAGUUCCCGAGGGAGGUGACCUUGGAAUUGUUGGCGAUGAUAUCCAGGAUUUAUCCGAGGUUGUUUAUGGGCCUGCUCCUGGAGUGGAAACCAUGUGUAUUUUCCCAAAAAAUGCUGCACGAAUUGUCCCAGCAGGAGAAAAAGCUGAAUUACUUAUAGGCUUGAACAAUGGAGGUGAGGUACCCUUGAAAGUUCAAGCUAUAUCAGCAAGUCUUCAUCUUCCUUUUGAUCAUCGGCUGCUUGUGCAGAAUUUAACAUUGCAGGAGUUUUACAAUGCAUCAGUUCCAGUGUCUGUUCAGGCUACAUUUCCAUAUAUAUUUGCUGUAAACAAAUAUCUACAGCCUGGAGCAUUUGAUCUAGUUGGAACUAUUGUGUAUGAGGUAGAUGAGCAGCAGUACAGUAGUGUGUUCUACAAUGGCACCAUUGAAGUCGUUGAAGCUGGUGGUUUUCUGAGUGUUGAAUCCGUUUUCCUAGUAACACUUGGAAUUGCCAUUACUGGCCUUCUGGGUCUGUGGAUUUAUGGCCAAAUACAGAAUCUGUCCAAGAAAACAAAGAGGGUAAAAAAGGUGGAGGUAGGAACUGGAACUACAGAUAGUGACAUGGAUGAAUGGUUAAAGGGCACUUCCUUUUCUCAAUCUUUGUCCCAAAAGUCGAAAAAAAAGAAGUAGGAGCCUUUGGCGGCUGCAGGAGAAAGAAUAUGCAAGCAUCUUCUUUUGUCAUAGGAGGGAUGGUUUCAUCAAUCAUGGGUAUGAAAUUUAGGUAUCUGUUGCACCUGUGCUUUUUUCUCAUCUAAGCUUGCCAAUUGCCAUUGGUGAUGCUGAGUUGACUUGUACUGCUAAUACAAGUAUUUUUCAGGAUAGGCUAGUUUAGGAAUUUUCGUUGAAAACAAUUUUGGGGGAUGAACUUGCUUAUUUCUUAUUCUACGGUAAAUUAUAAUUCUUUUAGCGUAUAAAAUUCUCUAUAUUAGUGAAAUCAACUAUAUUUGUCUGA